AUGCCUGUGUACAUAGUCGAGGCUGGGAACGACGAGCUUGUGCCACAUAAUCACGGUCAACUGCUGGCCGGACGGUGCGAGGAACUCGGCUUGCCUGUGCAGCGCCAGACCGUGCGCAGGGCCCUUCACAACGACGUCUCGAUACGACAAGCUGGCAAGCAGGCCAUUGCGGACUACAUACGGUGCGCCGUGGCGGCCGCUCAGGCAAAGUGA